CCUGCCCUCCCGGCCGGCGUCGGCCCUCCGGAGAGAGGCGCCAUCCUGCCCCCCAGGAGGACAGCUGUGCCCGGGCCUGGGGACCUCCCCCCCCCCCCAACGGACCUCCCAGGGACCCCCAGGGAGCCCGGCCCCGUCCCUCUGUCGUCUCCCCUCUGUCUCCCCUCUGUCGUCUCCCCUCUGUCUCCUCUCCCCUCUCCCCCGCCCCAGCCCUUUGGGGAGCCCGAUGAAGGGUCCGGGGGCGGGCCUGGGCCGGUGGUGGGCUGUGCUGGGCCUCUGCGCCCUGCUGACCCGGGACGGCGCCUCCUGGACCUUCGCGGGACCCCGGUUCCCCAGCCGCAGAAACUGGUGCUCGUACAUGGUGACACGGACGGUCUCCUGCCAUGUCCAGAAUGGCACUUUCCUGCAGAAAGUGAUGCACAGCUGCCGCUGGCCCAUGCACUGCUCAGGGAACAGCUACAGGACAGUGGUGAGACCCACCUACAAGGUGAUGUACAAGACGGUGACCAGCCUGGAGUGGAAGUGCUGCCCAGGCCACGUGGGGACCAACUGUGAGGAAGAUGCAGCUCGCACCCUGGACUUCUCGACGGCCUCUGCCCGCCGGGGCCCCGGCCCUCGCAGUCCCGUGCUCCAGCCCAGCGCUACCUCAGGGUGUCUGAACUGCAGCAAGGUGCUGGAGCUGACGGAGCGACUGAAUCUGCUGGAGUCUAAGGUGGCUGUGCUGUCAUUGCCCGGUCCCCCACCCAGGGGACCCCUCAAAGCCAAGGGGAUGGCAGCACCCGUCUCUGCCCCUCUUUGGGGGUCACUUGUUGUUCACAAAAGCCCUGGGGAGGAAGGCCCCAAAGGGAGGCUGGGGUCCCCGGGCCCAAAAGGAGACACCGGGGAGCCGGGCCCAUCUGGGGCCCCUGGGCUGAAGGGAUCUGCUGGGUCUCCAGGGCUGCAGGGCCCUCCGGGACGUCCAGGUCGGGAUGGUGCCGUGGGCUCUCCAGGAGAGAGGGGCCCCCCCGGGCCCCAAGGUCCACCCGGUCCCCCUGGCCCACUCAAGCCGCCCAACUCCCAGAGCUCCGAGCAGGGAGACUCGCUGCUGUCCAACACCUUCAUGGAAGCCGGAGGUCGGGGUCUCCAGGGCCCCGUGGGACCCAGGGGUCUUCCCGGACCAACGGGCCGCCCAGGCACCCCUGGGCCCGAGGGGGUUCCCGGCCCAGCUGGCAGGAAUGGAGCCAUCGGGCCUCGAGGAGAGAAGGGAGACAGGGGAGACGGGGGACCCCGAGGAGAACCUGGCUCUAAGGGCUCAGCAGGACCACAGGGAGAACCAGGUCCCAAAGGGGGAAGGGUUACACCAACUGCGAGAGGCUCUGAAGAUUUUAGCCGAGAGGGUUUUAAUCUUGGAAACAAUGAUUGGGCUCUAUGGCCAUUAGCUUACAAACCCUCCUGUAGCAGCAGCAACAGCAGCAACAGCAGCCUACCCAGCGGGAGCUCCUGGCCAGGAGGGUCACCUUGUUGGAAGCCUUCAUCUGGCCAGGUGCGCCCGCCUUUCUUGCUUGAGAAACUGCUCCCUGACCACCACGAAGGUAACACUGUCCUUCUCCCCUUCCUCCCACAGAGCCGGAGCCAGGCUCGGGGGCCGUGCCCCCGGGCAUCGGCUUCCCCCGGGGAAAGCGUGGAAGCGCAGCCGCUCGUGGGUUGGGCUCGCAACCUCUGCCUCCCAGGGCCCCGGAUCCCAGUGACUGAGACCGCCUCCUCCCCUGGAGUCUCAGGGGGAGGGAGGAGGCCGGGGCUGCUCCCAGAAACUGGCGCACAAUUGCUUCACCCAACUGUCCGGACCCUUUUCUACAUCCGUGAGCCUGGAAGGGACCGUUUGGGCCUCCCUGGUGUCCGCAUGCCAGCAGGGAGUGCCUGGCCUCGGCGUGGACCGUCACCACUGGAUACAAGGGACUGAAAUCACCGUUCCUUCUUCUACUGUGACCGGGCUCUGCCCUGUGGAAUGUUUCCAAGGUGGGUUGGCUGGUGGGGGGGACGGGAGAGGGGAAGCAAGCCGAGGACCCCCUCUCCCCCUCUCCCCCCCCACCCCCCCCGACACUGCUGGGCAGAGCAUGAGCCGGGUCAGCGUGGCCCCGUGCUGACAGGCAUACGGCUGUCGCUCUGAGCCGGGAAGUCGAUCGCUCAAGCGCGGGGCCCUAGGGCUGAUCGGGGCAGCCUCUUGCUUGGUGUCCCCUGUGCUCGGUCAGGCUGUGGCCGGGGUUGGGGGUGCGUGGGUUGUAAAUGUCUGUAACAAUAAUGAGGCCAAGGGCGAUCACUGUAUUUAGAAAUAAAGGCCCCUGUGCAUUC